AUGGCGGGCUUCCGCCAUCGCAAGGAUGCCUGGAUCGUGUUUGCUUUCCUGAUUGUGGUGCAGAUCGUCUGCUUUCGAGGCAGUCAACGCCUCCGGAGGAACCUCGCAUCACCAGUACCACCGUCGACAGCACCUGCCUCGGGGCAAUGGUAUAAGCGUUCAGAUCCUUCAUCGCUAGACCUGCUCAAGGAACACCACACGUCUACAGCGCAUGCACCUCAGCCCACCAGACCUUCCAAAGAGCCCGAAGCACAGCAUUGCCAGCCUGUUCCCUUUGACAAGACACCGAAAGAGGUCUGCAAGCAUGUCAUCGACAACUGCCAAGCUUCCGGCCAUUUUGACUACCUUCGAUUCUACUACUGCGCUGGAGUCGAUGGUAGUGAGCUCGAAGAUGGCAAGCCUUCCAAACCUCCAUCCAAACCUCGGUGGCACGCUGGCAUCUCUGUCCUUCGUCUCCUUCGCCUCAUCUGCAUUCUACUCUGGAUGCUCCUCCUUUUCAGCUGGGUCGGCGUCGUAGCGAGCGACUUUUUCUGUCCUAAUCUCAGCACUAUCGCAUCGCGUCUCGGACUCAACGAAAGUACUGCAGGUGUCACCUUCCUUGCAUUCGGCAAUGGAUCUCCCGACGUCUUCUCCACAUUCGGUGCUAUGAAGACCGAUUCAGGUUCUUUGGCCAUCGGCGAGCUCCUUGGAGCUGCCUCCUUUAUCGUGUCGGUCAUUUCAGGAUCCAUGAUACUCAUCGCGCCUUUCAAGGUUAAAGCUUGGCCUUUCUGCCGUGACGUCGGCUUCUUCACUGUGGCAGUCGCAUUGACGCUCACAUUCCUCUUCGACGGCAAGCUGAGACGCAUCGAGACCAUCGCUCUCAUCUGCCUCUACCUCCUGUACGCAUCGACCGUCAUCAUCGGCUCUUGGUGGCAGGAGCGUCAACGCAGGCAGAAACGUCGUCUUGCUGCAGCUAGGGAAGAGUUUGACAGCCAAGCUGACAACCGCUCUAUUCUCACUCGUAGCAGCGGCCCCUCUGCCCGAGAGGCAGUUGAAGACCUCGAGCGAAGCCGAUAUAUUGGUCAGCGCUUGCCGAGUCCAUCCGAAUACGAUCCGGACUUUGAUCCCUUCGAAGACUGGGCCAACCAGCGACCCCCUCGCAGCGGCGCAUCAACUCCCGACAUCUCUCGUCCAGGCAGCCGUGCACCAUCCAUUCAUAUCCCUGCAUCAUCCAGCUCUCGUGCCGCGAUCAAGGCUUCCCUCAACGUGCGUCCCAACUUGGUCCCACGUCACUCACUUCUCUCUGCGAUCGAGUUCCGCGAUGUAGUUCAGAGUCUGCGCCGCGAUGCCACAGCCGACCGCUCGCAAGAGAUCUUCCAGAGUUGGGAUCCGGAACGUUUCUUGCCCUCAAACCACUCUCAUCGUCACCAUCACACACACGCCAACCUGUCGAGAAGCAUUUCAGGAGACGGUCGACAGGAUGCUAGUCCCAAGCAGCGCCAACGCGCAGGGCACAAUCGAAUUCUCAGCAUCGGCGCUGGUAUGGCAAGAAGCGCCUCAUCUAGCUCAGGCCUUCGACGCAAGACCGUCGGUGCUCACGAGAGUGAAACUUUCAAUCAGCACUCACAGAGUCAGGCAGGAGGUAGUGUAGAAGCGGGCAACUUGGAGGAUCCGUGGAGAGAGCACCUACCCGGUGAUGCGUGUGAGCCGCUCAUCUCACCGGCUCUACCAUUAGACAAUGGCUCGCAGCAUGAUCCUCUCUACGAGACGCAACUUCGCAAGUCGCUGCCCAAGCUGCAGAUUCCGCAAUGGAACACAAAAGCAGCACGUAGCGAGGAAGCGCGCCGCAACCUGCAAGCUCGCAAACGUCUCCAAGUCACAAGAGAAGCAACCCAGGAGACCUCAAUCUCAGCAUCGCCGCAGAAAGAUCGAUUCGAUAGCGUCACCAGCCAAAGACGCGUCCGUCCUCAGAGGUCAGCUCCUGAGCUCAUAGCCUGGAAGGCAAGAGUCAUAUUCAACGCGCUAUUUCCAUCACUUUGCUACAUCCACGUCAAGUCGUUGCUCGGCGCUGCUAUCAGCGUCACAACAUCACCAGCGAUUCUGCUCCUCGACCUGACGCUUCCUGUCGUCGACGACGAGGCCGAGCGUGCUGAACGCGAGAACGACGUGGAUGAGGCUGACUCGAUCGGGGCGGUCCGCCUGGACGGCCAAGAGUCGCAACUGCACGCAGAAGACGCCUACGAUGAAGAAGCGAUUGUCGACUCUGAAGCCACACCGUCGGCAGGCACCCGACCUUGGAGCGCGGAAGAGCGAGUCGAAGCUAUGGAAGAUGCUGAACAGGAAGAGAACACGCACAGAGAUCAGGAGGUUGCCGCGGCUCUACGACACUUGCCUUGCGUGGCUGCAUCGCCACUCUCGUUGGGCAGUGGGCCUAAGAGUCCCGGCGUACUCUUGCGCUUGCCUUCUACAACUCAGUCACCACUGCCAGUCGACAGCGCAGCAGACGGCGACGCAGCAAGCUUCAUGAGCCACGAGAGCUGCGAGGCUGAGGACCAAGAGAUGAGACGCUCGAUUCGACGCUUCCUGAUCCUAUGCCAGUGCGUCUGCGCACCUACAUUCCUGACGUGGGCCAUCGUCUCUUCGUCAGGCUCUCCACAAUUGGGGCUCAAGGUGGGCGUGGCUGCCGCUGCGGGUGUCAUUGCGGCUAUCUUGACGUUCUGGGCGAUGCGAAGGAAGGAUGCAGGUAAAGCACGAUACUCGGACCGCACACUCUCGACAUUUGCGAUGAUUCGCUGCUCGAUGGGCUUCAUUGUCUCAGUCAUGUGGAUUAUGACUAUUGUUGAUGAGGUCGUCUCGAUCCUCCAGACGGUUGGCAUCAUCAUGGGUCUGUCGGAUGCCAUUCUCGGUCUUACGGUCUUCGCAGUCGGCAACUCGCUCGGCGACUUGGUCGCUAACGUCACGAUCGCCAGGUUAGGCCAUCCAGUGAUGGCGAUCAGCGCAUGCUUUGCUGGACCCAUGCUCAACUUGCUGCUUGGCAUCGGCAUCUCUGGCACAUAUCUGCUGUCUGACGGUCAAGGCCAGUGGAAUGACAGCAAUACCACGGCUAUCUACCCCAUCGACUUUAACCCGACUCUGCUCGUGUCGGGUCUGGGUCUGCUGCUCAUCCUGAUCGGCACGCUGAUUGCCGUUCCUAUGAACCACUUUGAGCUCACCAAGCCGAUCGGUGUCUCACUCAUCGCAGCAUAUGUUCUCAUCAUGACAGUCAACCUUUUGACUGAGAUCUUCUGGGUCCGAGGCGAUUCUGUACUGUAG